CCGAUCAAAGCCAAUAAAAUAAUUUUACGUUAAUCGUGUUUUAUUAUGUUAUUUUCAUGUUUGUAAGUGAUAAAUUAAGUUACGUGUUUUCGUUUUAUUUUAUUUUGAGUUUAUAAUGUCUGAUGUCGAAGAGCCACCGACGAAGAUGUCGAAAUUUGAAGAGGAAGAAUAUUUAGAGCCUGAAGAAGAAGAAGGUUUGGAGGAGGGUCAAGAAGAGUGGCUCAGUGAGGGAGUGCUCACUGACGAUGACUACGUUCAAAAUACUGAACAAGGUCAAUUAAAAGCAGAGGUAUCAAUGGACGGUUCCCAAGAAACUUUAGAAGAGCUGGACAACUUAGUGACAAUAGAUGGGACGGAAAUUAACGUUGCCAUGGCAACGGAGGAAGAACAGAAAGAGAGCAAUCUAACGGAGAACAUUGAGGAACAACUCAAUAACUUGGAGAGCUCGCAGAAUGGUGAAGAUCUUAACGAUGAGUUGGAUACAUUUUUGAUCAGAAAGAAUGAUGGUGUAAACAAAGCAAAUAAAUAUGAAUCUAAUAUGGACACGGAUAAACAGCGCGAGGACGAUGGGAAUGAUACGGAUGACUUGCUGCGCAUGUUAGGUGAAGAUAACCAAAAAAUUAAGAAGAAGACCCUCAAAGUUGUGAAGAGUGAGAAAGUUGAUGAUCACGGGUCUAGCGAUGAUGAUGACUUCGUGUAUGAGCGUAGCCAAGUGAAGACCUUGAAACUAGCAAAGAACGCCUUAAUAAAGAGACCAGCAACGAAGGCUGUUCCCGAGGAUAUGAGUGAUGGAGACGAUGAGAGCGAUCAGUCGUCUGACGAAGGUUCGACAGUGCAACGAAUGUUCGAAAUGCAAGCAGCGGCAUCUAGCGGCGGCAAAACGGAAACACAGAAGAAAAUUGUCAAACAUGUCGUUCAUAUCGACAAUAGGAAUCAAAAACAAGAUCAAAAACCACUCAAACAGCACACACAGCAAAAACAAGUUCAACAAAAACCUAAUUUUACGUCCAAUAAAUCUAACGUUAUUCAAAAACCGGUUUCUUCCACCCCGAAACCCAGUUUUGGGUCGCAGAAACCCAUUCUGAAAACCCCGAAACCUAUACCACAACUUUUAUCGAAGUUAAAUAAGUCAGUCGAGAUCAAAACUCCGGCGCCAUUCACGCCCUUGGAUAAGGUACAGAAGGAUAAAGUCCAGAAGCCUUCGUCUAAGCACGAAAGCCAGAAGAAUGACGAUUUUGAUGAUGUCAUCGAUGAAGAAGAAUUCUUGGAAGAAGACGAGUUUGAUCUCGAUGAGGAGGAGUUUGCAGAGCAGUCAGAAGGCGACACAUCGAAGAAGCAGCGGAUCAUGAAGCCAGAGGUCAUGGAUGAAGAGGUUCCCAGCGAUGCUGAGAGCAGAUCUGAAGAUGGGAGCCUUUACGAUGAACUUCCCUCGUCGGAUUCUGAAGAUCUAGACGACUGGUUCACCCUUGACAUCCGAGCUGAAAGAGCUGGAGAUUACUUGCCAUUGUUAGGUACGAAAGCAAGAGAACUCUUGUUAGCGGAGCGUCGUAGAGUCAGUUCUCGUGUAGCUACCCUACGCCAGAGCCUCUCGGCGCUGACUGACAGUGCGAGACGUCAAGCUGAUCAGUUGCGAGCGGCUGCCAUGGCUUUAGCAGAAAUUGACGAUACCUUAAGAGCCGCCUGACCUGAUGAAGACAGCCCAUAAUAGUCAAUCUUGGACUACAGGCUUUUUACAUAACAAUUUUUCCUAUUGGGAAAUUCGACCUUAUUAACACAGCCCUUGAUAGUCUUGCACUAUGACUCUUUUCGUUUUUCCAUUUGGGACCUUCCCAACACAUAUUCCAGAAACUUAAACUCCUCUGUACCAAGAUCUACAGUAGAUGCAACCAUGAAAACACCGAAACACCAAAGUCUAGCUUCCCAGGGACAUGUCAGAGUCUAAAUAUUUAUUUUCAAAAUACCCUUUUUAUUUUUGCUUAGGGGAAAAUCAUCUAAUGGCUUCUCCCGUCCAGAGUGAGGCGAGAGAGAGUGUCAGACUCUUACUGACUAAAAACCCC